AUGGCCGCGAAGCACUUCCUGUAUGAUCUGAUUCCGGCUUCCCGCGGUGGCGGAAGUAAGCUUUCCAGAGAGCGGUUAUUUGCCCAGCGUCAACUACAACUCCCGUGUGGGGAUCACAAGAAGCUUCACAAGAACGCGGUGAUGGAGACCCACCAGCGCCUCGGCUCACCGGAGGACCUCGUCUCCAGAGCUGAAGACGGACGUCGCCGGUCAGAGAGGGAGACGGACUUUGCUGCGUUAACAGAACCUCAGCACACGGGACCCGUGAUCAUCAAGGAAGAACUGCUAUCGGACGAAGAUGAUAUCACGCGGAUCGUCUGCACGUCUGUCAAGGAGGAAUCCUUCUCGGAUGAGGAUGAGGAAGCCGCAGGCUGUAUAGUGAGUACACGGACAUCUGACGUUAAGGAGGAACCCGUCUCGCACGAUGGGGGGGAUCAAACGGACCCUGAUCUUUCUUCACAGGAAGAUUAUAUCGGCGCCCAUAUUAAAGAGGAGGAGGACACCUGCGACGAAGAGGACGUUACCGACACCGACAGCUACGCGCCGACAGAAUAUCCUUUUGUUCGUAUCAAGGAGGAACCGACUUCGUGUGACGAAGGAGACGUAACGGACACGGAUGUGUACGCGCCUGCAGGAGAUACCAACACAGAGUAUACGCCUGCGAAGGAGGAGUCAGACGCGGAGAUAGAAUACACGUCCGUCCUUAUAAAAGAGGAAUCGUUCUCGAGCGACGAAGACGACGGUAGCGAUACGGCCCCGGAGCACGCAGAGGAUGACUUUGACCACGGGGGCUUCAGGAUCUGGAAGUGCGCCAAGUGCGAGAAACUUUUUAACAGUAAAGCCGAUUACAGGGCCCACCAGAAGACGCACAGCACGGAGACGUUCGAAUGCCCCGAGUGCCACAAGUGCUUCACCAACAGGACGGCCGUCACGCGGCACCAGAGAAUUCACAAGGAGCAGAAGCAGGCGUGUCCGGACUGCGGGAAGUACUUCGCGUCCAAAGCCAGCCUCUCGGUGCACUACAGGACGCACACGGGCGAGAAGCCGUUCUCCUGCUCCGACUGCGGCAAAAGCUUCGCCAACCAGGCCCACCUCAGCAGGCAUCAGCGGAUUCACACCGGCGAGAGGCCCUUCCCCUGCCCCGUCUGCGGCAAGUACUUCACCAACCAGUCCCACCUCAUCAGGCACCAGAGGAGUCACACGGGGGAGAAGCCGUUCUCCUGCUCUGUUUGCUCCAAGCGGUUUAUCGACAAAUCCAGCCUGGCCACCCAUCAGAGGGUCCACACGGGCGAGAAGCCCUACUCGUGCUUCGAUUGCGGAAAGUGCUUCACCAGCAGGUCGAGCUUCAUUUCCCACCAGAGGAACCAUAAAGGCGAGAAGCCGUUCUCCUGCUCGACCUGCGAGAAGCGCUUCACCAACCACCCCGACCUCAUCAAGCACCAAAGGACUCACACGAGGGUGAAGCCCUUCUCCUGCUCCCAGUGUAAGAAGUGUUUCACCCAGAGCUCGCACCUGGCCCGGCAUCAGAGGAGCCACACGGGGGAGAAGCCGUUCUCCUGCGCGGUCUGCGGGAAGCACUUCAGCUUAAACGAGAACCUGGUCACGCACCAACGGAUCCACACGGGGGUGAAGCCGUUCUCCUGCUCCGAGUGCGGCAAAGCCUUCUCCAGCAAGUCCAACUUUCUCACCCAUCAGAGGAGCCACACGGGAGAGAAGCCCUUCCCGUGCUCGGUGUGCGGGAAAGGCUUCACCAACCAGUCGGACCUCCUCAAGCACCAGCGGAUCCACACGAAGGAGAAGCCGUUCUCGUGCUCCGAGUGCGGGAAGCGCUUCACCCAGAGCUCGCAUCUGGUGAGGCACCAAAUGAGCCACUCGGGCGAGAGACCCUUUUCCUGCUCCGAGUGCGGCAAGUGUUUCACCAUUAAGUCCAACUACCUCCGGCACCAGAGGAGCCACACGGGGGAGAAGCCGUUCUCGUGCUCAGUGUGCGGGAAGUGCUUCACUGUUAAAACCAAUCUUGUCCAUCAUCAGCUGAGUCACGGGGGGGAGUUGGACCUUUUCGUGAAGCCCUUGCCGCACACGGCGCACAGGUGCGGCCUCUCCCCCGUGUGGGUCUUUCGGUGCUUGGAGACGUCGGACUUGCACACGAAGCGCUUGCCGCAGUCGGGGCAGGCGUGCGGCUUCUCUCCCGAGGGUCGAGUUGAGGGAGAAGGACUUUCCGCACUCGGAGCAGCCGUAGGGCUUCACCCCCUCGUGUAUGAGCUGGUGCCGGACCAGGCUGGUUUUGACGGUGUAGCGGUUCCCGCACACCGAGCACGCGAACGGCUUGAGCCCGCUGUGCGUCCUUUGGUGGGCGACCAGAUUGGCCCGGUAGUUGAAACACUUGCCGCACUGGGGGCAGGCGAACAGGUCGUUUCCGAUGUGGCUGCGGUAAUGUCUGACCAGGCUGGACUUGGAGGACAGCCGUUUCCCGCACUGGGUGCACGUCAGCUCCUUGGUCGUGUGGACCACCCGGUGCUUGAUGAGGGCCAAGUCGGUGCCGAAACACUUCUGACACUCCGUGCAGGGAAACAGGACCUCCGCGGCGGACCCUCGUUGGUCGGCUGGCAAUCUGAGGGUCCUGCUGCUUGGGCCCGCGCCUUUCGCCCACUUUUUGUAGCCCUUGGUAAAGAUAUAUUCCGUAGGGGCAUAGAUGACCCCGUCUUUGAUGUUCUCCUCGGACGCCUCGGAAUCCACCAUGAUGUAAGCGGACUGCGUGUAAAGGUCGCUCCCCCUCUCGGGCGAGUCCGGCUCUUCCUUGAUGUAAACGGUUAUGAAGUCCGACCCCGCGUCGCCUUUCUCGUACGAGUCGGGCUCUUCCUUGGCCCGGACGGAGCUGCGCGACGCCGGCUCCUCCGCGACACAGACAGCAGUAGACGCCACCACCUCGCGCUCGGCGGGUUCGUAGACAUCGCCGUCCGGGAAGUCGCUGCCGUCCGACGACAGAGACUCCUCCUUAAUGUGAAAGUAAUCCGCCGGCGUGUAAAUCUCGUCGUCCGACAGAUCUCCGGCUGCGCUCAAAGGCGACUCGCUCUCGGUUGGGUCAGGGACGCCUUUGGCCGGCAAAAUCCAUCGCUUGAACCCCAGAGUCCAUCCUCUGAGCGUCUUAAGGCUGCCAACAUGGCCGACGUCAAGAAGCAGAUUAACGAGGAGAUCUUGAAUCUCACCCUGGAGAUUAUCUACCUGUUGACCGGAGAGGAUUAUACAUUUGUUAAGAAGAGCGGAGAGAGCAUCGCGCACGUUGGGUCAUGCAGGAGUCUUCCAUUUAAGAAGGGCCGCCAGCAUCCCGCCAAGGUUCCUCCACCUCAACCACCGAUACGCGAGAGAGACAACGACAAGAAGAUCCUGGAGCUGACCAACAAGAUCAUCCAGCUGCUGACCGGAGAGGUUCCUAUAAGGUGUGAGGACGUGGCCGUCUAUUUCUCCGUGGAGGAGUGGGAGUACGUAGAAGGACACCAGGAUCUUUACCGGGAGGUCAUAUUGAAGAGGCACGUGCCCCCCGACCCCACGGAUGACUCGCCGGCCAGGAACGCACCCGACGGAUCUCAUCACCCUGCUCCUUCUCCAGCGAAGGAGAAACCGCGCGAAGACCCCCGAAGAGAAACGCGGCGAGACAUUCACAAACCAAAGAAGAGCCAUGGCCGAUCCAAGAGCAAAGGCAGCAAGGAGUUCUGGCCUUCCGAAGACCGAAAUCUCGCAGCCACCAGCGUCGCUCCAUGCUUGGAGCAUCUCCUGGCGGACUAUACGGCCACGGCGGACAUUUAUACCCCCACAAAGCCCACCCCAGUGGACUACACGCCAAAUACAACUGCCUACGUCAACCUGGAAUCGGUCUUGUGUAAAGAGGAAGACGCCAGAGACGCUUACAGAGAAGACAUGGAGGAAAGGUACCGAUAUCAUCCAAUCGAGGUGCCUGCAUCAUGGGAGGAAGUCAAUUUCAUAGACGCGUCUUUCUUUAUUAAGGAGGAGUUUGAGUCGCAAGUAGCGACCAGCCAAUGGGACGGACGUAUCGGGACGCCCGGGAACCAAACGAGGGCAGCCAAUCCAUUUUACCAUUUUAAGUGCAGCGAGUGCGGCAAAGAAUUCUCUAAAAAAUGCUCUUUGGUGUCCCACAAACUGAGACACAUCGUCGAGAGGAUGUACGAGUGUUCCGAUUGCCGGCGGUAUUUUCACUUGAGUCGGACGCUGGACGACGGGGUUAAGGCGGCGUGUUCCUUGUGCGCGAUACAUUUCUCCCGCGAGUCCGACCUCCUCGCGCACUACAGGCAUCACGUCGGCAAGGAGCUGAUCCCGUGCGCCGCGUGUAAAAGGAAGUUCAAGAAGGAGUACGACCUCGUUUCGCAAGGGAAGGUCGCGUCGGUGAAGAAGUGGUUCUCGUGUUCUGAUUGCGGGAAGUCCUUCCCCCAUCGUUCCCAGCUGGUCAUACACCAGAGGAUACACACGGGCGAGAAGCCGUUCGUCUGUUCAGAAUGCGGCAGAUGCUUCGGCAAGAAGGGAAACCUUGUCAGGCAUCAGACCAUCCAUUCCGAGGAGAGUAGGUUUUUGCCUCCGGAAUACGAGGAACGUUUCUCGCGUAAAUCAGGGCCCGUUGGUAGGCAGCGAGGGAGUCGCACCCGAAAGAAAGCUUUCCCGUGUCCCGAAUGCGGCAAGUGUUUCCCGCACAUGUCUAUCCUCAUCUCGCACCAGCGCAUACACACAGGGGAGAAACCGUUCGUAUGUUCCGAGUGCGGCAAAUGUUUCAACCAAAAAGGAAAUCUGGUUAGACAUCGGAUGAUUCACACAGGAGAGAACAGAGCCUUGUGUUCGGGGGGCGGGCGACGUUUUGUCGAGAAGCCGAGGCGUGUUACGCACCGGAGGAGCCAGGGGGCCAAGGAGCCGUUCCAGUGCUCCGAAUGCGGCAAGUCUUUCCGCCAUAGCUUCCUCCUCACCGCGCAUCGGCGCAUACACACGGGAGAGAGGCCCUUCGCAUGCGCCGAGUGCGGCAAGUGUUUUAACCAGAAGGGAAAUCUGAUUAGGCACCGGAUGAUUCAUUCGGGAGAGAAGAAGUUCUCGUGCUCCGAGUGCGGCCAGCGCUUUCCUGACAAAUCGAAACUAUUUCGGCACAAGAGGAGUCACGCAGGAGAGAAACCACUCUCGUGUUCCGAGUGCGGGAAGUACUUUCCCUAUAAUUCCCUCCUCGUCGCCCACCAGAGGAUACACACCGGGGAGAAGCCGUACUCGUGCUCUGAAUGCGGCAAGUGCUUCAGAAUUAAAUAUAAACUUGACCAUCACAAGAGGGUUCACCGGGAGGAGAAACCGUUCCCGUGUCUCGAAUGCGGCCGGUGUUUUACGGAGAAGUCGCGUCUAAUCGCGCAUCAGAGGACCCACGAGGGGGAGAAAAACCAUUCGCCCGCUCCGAACGCGGGAAAUGUUUCAGAGCGGAAUCGGCUCUUGAUAAACACCAGAGGGCUCAUGCGGGAAUAAAAAUCGACGCCAGAUAAACCUCAGAUGAUCCAUACAAAAGAAAAAGUCAACAGAAAAUUAUAAAAAAUGUAAAAA